AUGAUUUAAAAUUCUACAACAACACCUCCAAAUGAGGAUUCUCUGUGCAAACCUAUUAUUCAGCUCAUGUCGACUAUGAAUUAGCAAUAAAUGAGAGUGCGUAAGCCUUCUGAAGAAAGUCGAAAAAUUCAAUCUGAAACUCAAUAAAUGAAGAUUACUCAUCCAAAAUCACCUACUUUAACAUAAGUCAGUGUAUAGAUCGCAUCAGACAGAGCGUCACCGCAUAAUUAACAAGAUUUGCUUCUCAUAAACGAAGAACCCAGCAACAAGGAGGAAUCUCAAUAACUAAGCAUGAUUAAAAAGAUGAAGCAUUCAGAUCAAUUAUAUAGGAAGUCUAUUUUUAAUAAAAGCAGAAACUCUUAGUCAUCAAUGUCUCUACUUUACAGAGAGAAAGCAACACUUAUUUAGAAUCUAAUUAUUUCAAAAAAGCAAUUUAAGCUGAUAAAUGAUUUGUCAGCCUAAUACUUUGUCCCUUUAAAAGAUUAAAUAGAAAAAUUCCUUAAAAGUGAAUGUGUUCCCAAAUUGUUCCUAUUCAGUCUGUAUUUCAUUUUUCUGUUAUUCUAUUUAACAGUCCUAUUAAUCGAAAUUGGGUGCAAUUAAUUGGCUAUAUCAAAUUUGGCUAUAUUCUAGUACAUAUUGUUAAUCACUCAAGUAAUGGACUUUUCAAAUCAAGUGAUUUCUUAUAGGGGGAACAUUGGGAAUAUCAUAGUUGAUAAUUUGGGAUUAAUACCAUUUAUUUCAUAUCAAAUUGACAAUUAAUAAUCAUAGAAGUUAAUUUAUUUAUUGUAUUUGAUCAGAAUUAGGAAAAUUAAUAAUUUUAUUCAGAAUUUAAAUUUCUACUCUAAUUAAUAAGAUUACAUCUUUAUCAUCCAGACAGCCAUCUAAUUACACUUUUCUACUUGUAUGGCUUAGACCAUCAUUUUUAUGUUCGCUUUAUCCCAAUAAGACUACAUCAUCUACAUACAAAGUAUAUUUACCUUAAUAUUCAUAACUCCUUAGAUAUCGGGUCAAUACUACUUUCUUAUUUAUCUGAUUAAGAUCUUAUUGAUAAUAUUCUACUUUUACAAGUUCAAACAAAUCAUGAAUUACCAGUCACUUUCACUUGAUUAAUACUUGAAUUACUAGCCAAAUACAUAAAAGUUGAUCUAUGAAUACACCCAUUAAAUUAGAGAGAAUAUUUUCGAUAUCAAUUUGAUGCCUAGUUUUUUGUAAAGGAAGAUGAAGAGAGAGAAGUAUUUUAAGAUUUUGUCCGAAAUCCCAAUAUUUAAUGCAUCCUUCUCUACAUAGACUUUACUCAAUAUUUGUGAUCUGAUUCAAGAGCAAAUAUUAAGACCCAAUGAAAUUAUAGUGCAAAAAUAAGCAUUGUACAUUCAUCUGCAAGGAGUAAUCUAAUUGGUUUAAAAGAACGAUUCCUCUCUACAGGAGUUUAAAUUAACUAAAAUUAGAAAUCCUUAUUCAAUCUUUAACAACAUAGCCUUUUUUAAAAAUUAGAUGUAAGGAAUUCAGUUUGAGAGCAUAGGACACUCGAAAGUAGCUUGUUUAAAUUCUUAAUCAUUUCAUCAAUUAAUUAAACAGUGUCCAAAAGAAUUUUAAAAGUACAGAAUGUUGGUAGAUACCAUUGUAUUAGACAAUGAUCCAAAAUUGGCUAACAUUUUUUGUUUUGGAUGCCAUUAAGCUCAUGAUAUCACACAAUGCCCUUUUGUCAAUUAUAAGCCUAAUAAAUAUUUUAUAAUUAAUAGUGAUAAAAAUCAUAAAGUAUAAAGCAGAGUGUCAGAUUUCAAAAGAGAAGUACAGACAAAAAAGACGAAAAUACUCAUUAAAUCAGCAAAUGCUUAGGAAGAUUCAGAAUCCUUUGAGUCGGAAGAGAAGGAUAAGGUUGCACCCUUCAAUAAGAUUCUACCUUCAUCUAAUUCAUCCUUAAGUUUGAAUAACAACAAUAAUCCAAUAAAUUAACUUGAAAUAAGUUCAGUUCCUUAUGUGAGUUAUUCUCACAGUGGAUAGACACUCUAUUCUAAAAAGAUGGAUUCAGAUAACCAUUUUUCUGUUUAAGGAGUAAGCAGCAGUAACAGCAGUAGAAAAAUAAUCUAGAAUGAAGGGAAAGAAGUAGGCCAGUCUAAAUUCUAAAAAUAUGGACAGUUGGAAGAAAUGUAGGGAUCCUCCUUUUAAUUAAAUCCCUUAUAGAGGGUGCAAGAUAGCUUAUUGUAAACUAGGAUAAAAUACAAAAAGAAUAUAGCUGAUAAACAAGCAUAAUAUUAGAAAUAUCAAACAGAUGUCUAGCAGAAACAGCAAAAACGAAAUUUAAGAAAAAAUUAAACAAUGAUGAGCAAUAGUUCAGUAGUUGAUAAUCCAAAAAAAGGCAGAAUUUCAAUUGAAGGUAAUUUUAUGCAAUCAUUUGAAAAAAUUAGUCAGUUUGAUGACUAUUUUCCACAUUACAAUGUAGAUAAAUAAAUAAAUAAUUAUUAAAGAAUUUAAUCGAUUAAUAAAGAUAGUAAUUAAUGA